ACUUUUCCGGCCGUGAUAGAUGGUUCUUAUGGUUAUUGACGAACGGUAGCCAAUGUUUACCGAAGCUACAUGGAGUCAAUAUCUUUGGAAACCGUCUUCACAUUAGACCAGCAGCUUGUACUAACAACAAUACAUUUUUCUGCGUGAUCAAACCAGAACAUUUAUGAAAACUCUUGAAUGGGAGCUUUUUCAGUGCUGUUUGCAUGCUCGUUCUUAUUCUCUAUUUUAAUCGACUCCGCCACAUCAAACAUAAUCUACCCAAGCCAAUCCAUAAGAGAUGGUGCAAGUGCAACUCUCCUUUCAACCGGGGGAAACUUUGAACUAGGAUUUUUCAGCCCUGGAAAUUCAACAAAACGUUACUUGGGAAUAUGGUAUACGAAGUCUCCUCGUACAGUUACAUGGGUAGCAAACAGAGAAGUUCCACUUUCCAAUACUCAGGGGGCUCUGAAUCUAAGCAGCAAAGGGAUACUUGUCCUGUACAGUAGUACAAAUGAUAUUGUUUGGUCAUCGAAUUCACCAAGAACUGCAGAGGAUUCAGUUGCAGAGCUCUUGGAGACAGGUAAUCUUGUUGUGAGAGAAGGGAAUGACAGUAAUCCCGACAACUUUCUGUGGCAGAGUUUUGGCCAUCCAGGUGAUACCUUAAUAUUAGGAAUGAAAUUGGGGAGCAAUUUCGUAACAAAGAUUGACGAGUUUUUAUCAUCUUGGAAGAGUGCUGAAGAUCCUGCUCGAGGUGAAUAUUCUUUCAUUAUAGAUACUCAUGGGUAUCCCCAGCUACUUCUGAAGAGGGGAAACAUUACUCUGUUUAGAGCGGGGCCUUGGAAUGGCAUAAAAUUCAUAUCAAAUCCUAGACCGAUACCUAUUUCCAAUGAAUUUGUUUUCAACAGCAAAGAGGUUUAUUUCCAGUUUGGAAUCCAAAAAUCAGUCCUUUCAAGGCUCACACUCAGUCCAUCAGGCCUUCCACAGAGCUUCACAUGGAAUGACCGAACAAAAGAUUGGGUGAUUACUGACGUUGGCCAGUUUGAUCAGUGUGAAAAUUAUGCCUUUUGUGGUCCAAAUACUCGCUGUGAGAUGAGUAGAUCUCCUAUAUGUGCAUGCUUGGAUGGAUUCAUUCCCAAGUCUCCAGCAGAUUGGAACUUUUCAGAUUGGUCAGAUGGGUGUAUCCGGAGAACUCCGCUAGAAUGCAGCGACAAAGUUGGCUUUCGUAAAUAUCCAGGGAUGAAAUUUCCCGACACAUCGUCUUCCUGGUACGACAAGAGCAUCAGUCUCAAGGAAUGUGAGGUAUUAUGUUUGAAGAACUGCUCCUGCACUGCUUAUGCAAAUUUAGAUAUCAGGCAAGGUGGAAGUGGAUGCCUGAUCUGGUUUGGUGACCUGAUUGAUACAAGAAGGUCAACUGGGGAUGGACAAGACCUUUUUGUUAGGAUGAAUGCUUCAGAAUUGGGUGUACCUACGAAAAAGAGGACAUUUAGUAAGAAGCUAGCAGGAAUAGUAUCCAGCGCUAUAGUAUCAGGCAUUGGCAUGAUAAUGUUAGGAUUCAUCAUUUCCAUGCGGAAGUGGAAUCUUAGAAAGAAAAAUCACUGUGAAGAAAGGGAGCAAGAUAUGGAAUUGCCAAUCUUUGAAAUGAGUACUAUAGCACAUGCCACCGAUGCUUUUUCAAACAGCAAGAAACUUGGAGAAGGUGGUUUUGGACCCGUAUACAAGGGAAUACUCAUAGGAGGGCAACAAAUAGCAGUGAAAAGGCUUUCAAAGAGUUCAGGCCAAGGAUUGGAUGAGUUCAAAAAUGAAGUUAUGUUAAUUGCUAAACUUCAGCACCGCAGUCUUGUAAAGCUUCUGGGUUGUUGCAUUCAUGAAGAUGAAAGAAUGUUAAUUUACGAAUACAUGCCCAACAAAAGCUUGGACUCCUUUAUUUUUGACCAAACAGGAAGGAAACUACUUGAUUGGAGUCAGCGUAUCAACAUUAUAGGUGGAAUUGCUCGAGGGCUUCUUUAUCUGCAUCAAGACUCUAGACUUAGAAUCAUCCACAGAGAUAUCAAAGCCAGCAACAUUUUACUGGAUGAUGAGCUAAACCCAAAAAUUUCUGACUUUGGCCUUGCUAGAAUGUUCGGUGGAGAUCAAACAGAGGCCAAAACUAGUAGGAUAGUUGGAACAUAUGGCUACAUGUCUCCCGAGUAUGCAUCGAAUGGAUACUUUUCAGUGAAAUCUGACGCUUUUAGCUUCGGUGUUCUAGUCCUCGAGAUCGUGAGCGGAAAGAAAAAUAGGGGAUUUCGUCACCUGGACCCCAACCUUAACCUUCUUGGACAUGCGUGGAUGCUUUGGAUUAAAGGGACACCAUUUGAGCUGAUUGAUGAAUGUUUGAUUGAGUCGUGCAAUUUAUCUGAAGUGCUAAGAUGCAUUCAUGUGGCUUUAUUAUGUGUGCAACAACGCCCGGAAGAUAGGCCAAACAUGUCAGCUGUGGUUCUAAUAUUAGGAAGUGAGAUUCCAUUGCCGCAGCCUAAACAACCUGGUUUUUUUAUGGGGGAGAAUCCACAUGAACAGAGCACUUCCUCAAACAAGCAUGUAACUUAUUCAGGUGACGAGGUUAGUUUGAUCUCAUUAGAUCCCCGGUAGCCUAUCAUUGCAUAACUGCAGAAGGAAAAAGAUUUCUGAUCAAACAGUUGGUUUCUCGAAAAUUCCACCAUUCCGGUACAGAGUCUAUGGAAGCAGAAUCAGGGCUAACAAUGCCAGCCAAGUUGCCAGCCAACCACUGCUGAUCAUUUGUAGGAUCAUACGCUUUGGAUCAAAUUUGUCUCUCUGCUUUGGAUAUGAUGCUACUUAUUGCCCCCACCUUGUGAGGAUCAUGGUGCUAUGAAUAUGUUUUAUUAAUAAUUAAAGUAUUAAUUUAUUAUG